AUGGUAAAUUGUUUACUAUUUCAGUGGUUAGUGCGUCGCAAACACAUUGAUCUAACACGUGUCGAGUCUAGUCAAUUGGCGCGCGUGCUGACACUGUUUGAUUUAAUAUGUUUAGGUAUUGGUUCAACACUGGGCACCGGCCUCUACGUACUGGCCGGUGAUGUGGCCAGUGAAAAAACGGGACCCGCCGUAGUUAUUGCAUUUCUAAUUGCUGCAAUAACAUCAUUGUUUGCAGGCUUAUGUUACGCUGAAUUGGCUGCACGUGUGCCACGUGCCGGCUCGGCCUAUAUCUAUACGUAUGUAUCGGUGGGCGAGUUUAUGGCAUUUAUAAUUGGCUGGAAUCUUAUAUUGGAAUAUGUGAUAGGUACGGCAUCGGUAGCCCGUGCCUACUCAGUCUAUUUGGACGCCCUAUGCUCGGGUACUAUAUCCAGACACCUGCGCCAAUGGGUACCCAUGAAUUUGUCCGGUUUGGGUCCAUAUCCCGAUCCAUUGGCCUGUGGGCUGACACUUAUCCUAACAGUAUUGUUGGCCAUCGGUGUUAAAGAGUCGAUACGUUUGCAUACAUACAUGACUUGUGCUAACCUAUUGGUCGUAGCGUUUAUUAUAGUUACCGGUAGUAUUAAAGCCGAUAGACAUAAUUGGGCCAUAAGUAAGAGUGAAAUACCAGAUAAAUAUGCAAAAUAUGGCGGCGACGGCGGGUUUUUACCGCACGGUUUUACCGGUUUGAUGGCCGGAGCGGCCACUUGUUUCUAUGCUUUUGUCGGUUUCGAUGCCAUUGCCACUACCGGUGAGGAGGCGCUUAACCCUAAGCGGUCGAUACCAUUAAGUAUUAUAAUAUCAUUGUUUUUUGCAUUUGCGGCCUAUUUCGGUGUCAGUACCGUCCAGACACUGAUGUUGCCCUACUAUAUGCAAAACAAACAGUACACUAACGGCGCACCGUUACCCUAUAUCUACGACCUGUUGGGCUGGCAUUGGGCCAAAUGGAUAGUAUCGGUGGGUGCACUGUGCGGCCUAUCAACUAGUUUGCUUGGCUGUAUGUAUCCCUUGCCGCGUAUACUCUACUCGAUGGCCAACGAUGGCCUAGUGUUCCGAUUUCUAACUUCGGUCAAUCACCGAACCCGGACACCGUUGAUGGCCACUCUAUUGGGUGGCUUGUUGUGUGCACUGAUGGCCACUUUGUUUGAUAUUACCGAAUUGGUCGAUAUGAUGUCCAUUGGUACACUAUUAGCCUAUACACUGGUAGCCGAAUCUAUAGUCAUAAUCAGGUAUGCCAACGACUUGGACUUUAUCAACGAAACGGUUAAUAAUAAUGAUUGUAUUGACUACUGUUCAACUAAUACUAAUAAUAAUACCAGUGCUAACUGUGAUCAGUCAACCACAACCACAACAACAGUGCCGGCCGUUUGUCGACAGCUAUUAAACUGCAAUCGCCUGAUACGUCCGACACGUGUUUCAUCUAUAGUGGCCAACACGUUGACAGCUAUAAUCACACUACUAAUCAUAGUACUGGACAUUGAGUUAGUAAAACUAUACGAUCAGCUCCUGGUUGGACAUACCGGUGCCAUCAUCGGUGUUGUCCUAACAUUAGUUUUGGUCAUUUUAGUUAUGAUUUGUUUGACACGACAGCCAACUAUAGCUAAAUCUAAACACUUUGAGGUGCCGUGGAUACCGCUAAUACCGUUUUUAAGUGUUUUUGUCAACUUUUAUCUAAUGUUAAACUUGUCGACCGCCACAUGGAUUAGGUUUGCCGUUUGGAUGGCUAUCGGUUUUUUAAUUUAUUUUGGUUAUGGUAUUAGAAAUAGUAAUCUAAAUAUUAUUAAAGUUUUUUAA